GACAGCUGACGAGCGAGACCAGCUGACUUGGGAUCAGCUUAAGGGGAUUUUAGAGGCCAAGUACUACCCUCGCCACUUUCGCGAGAGGAUGGAGCGAGAGUUCUAUGACUUGCUUCAGGGAGACCGCUCGGUUGAGGAGUACGAACGGGAGUUCGCUCGUAAGAGCACCUUUGCACGCCAUCUUGUGGACACCGACGACAAGAAGGCCUCCCUUUUUCGCAAUGGCCUGACCAGAGACCUUCGAGUGCUUGUAGCCAGCCAUGGCUAUUUGACUUAUGCUGAGACCGUUGAGCGGGCUCAGCAGAUUGAGGCAUCCCAGCUGCUAGACACUCCUGCACAGCCACUAGCUCAAGUGGCACCACUAGCCAGACAGCCAGCUGCCAUCCAGCCAGCCCUGCCAGCGCCACCUCAGCAGGCGCAACACCGACACAAGAGGAAGUGGAGAGGUCGCGAUUAUAGGAGGAACCGUCGACGAGGAGCCCCAACACAGGCAGCACCACCA